AUGAAUGACCUUUUGACGGAUUCCUUCGUGAACCCACGUGAUGAAGUUAAUAGAAAUGGUGAUAUUGAAAUGGGAAUGGAGAGGCAAACGAAUUCAGAAGAUCUUGGCUUGGAGAAUUUCUUUAAGAAGGUUCAGGAGAUUGAGAAGCAAUAUGAAAAACUUAAUAUCCUACUGAGAAAGCUCCAGGAUGCUCACGAGGAAUCAAAAGCUGUGACAAAAGCUGCUAAUAUGAAAGCAAUCAAGAAACGGAUGGAGAAGGAUGUUGACGAAGUUGGGAAAAUUGCUCGUUCUAUUAAAUCAAAAAUUGAGGAACUCGACAAAGAGAAUUUAGCCAAUAGACAAAAACCUGGGUGCGGAAAAGGAUCGGGCGUAGACAGAUCAAGAACAUCAACAACAGUAGCUUUCAAAAAGAAGUUCAAAGAUAGAAUGGCUGAAUUUCAGACUUUGAGAGAGAAUAUACACCAAGAAUAUCGUGAAGUUGUAGAAAGACGUGUAUUCACAGGUACAAUUGAUAAAUUAAUAGAGACUGGGGAUAGUGAGCAGAUUUUCCAAAAAGCUAUUAGAGAACAAGGCCGAGGCCAGGUAAUGGACACCUUAGCGGAAAUUCAAGAGCGACACGAUGCCGUGAGAGAUUUAGAGAAGAAGCUUCUAGAUUUGCAACAGCAGAUAUUCCUGGACAUGGCUGUGCUGGUGGAUGCUCAAGGAGACAUGCUCGAUAACAUCGAGUCGCAGGUUUCGUCUGCAGUGGACCACGUGCAGUCGGGCAACACUGCACUUCAGAAAGCAAAAAGCCUGCAGAAAAACUCGAGAAAAUGGAUGUGUAUUGCAAUCAUCAUCCUUCUCAUUAUUGUGGCAAUAAUCGUGGUUGGUGUGCUCAAGCCAUGGCAGAACAAGAACGGGGCUUGA